AUGUCCGGCGAAUAUCCUGUGUGUGAUCGUGAUGAUCAGCAUUAUUGGCGGCUUCUCCGGCCGACGUGGGGUGCCCGGCGCUAUGGAGGUGCGUUGGUCGGUGGCGCUGUCCGAUGUGCUGGAGGGCGCCGAAAUGAGGGCCAGUGGAUUGUAGCGAGAAAGCGAGGGUGCUCGGAUGGCGGAAGACGGCGAUGCGAAAUCCCUGGGGGACAGGGGAGAACCCUUCAAGGAGAGAAAGAGGAGCGAAAGGAGGGGGGUGGGGGGGGGGGGGGUGAAGGUCAUCAGACCUCAAGGUGCGUAGCACCAAUUGACCCUGCACGAGCUGCGCUUCAUGACUGUGGUCGAGUCACCCUCCUCCAGGAUCUUUGCCAGCCAUUGCUAGCUGUUGUCUGCCUACCGAGGUUGAAUGAAGGGGUCGCCAGCCUGACGCGAUUCACUUCGCCUCGUGAGGAUUUGGUGAGGCAACCAGGAAGCUCAUGGGCUGUAAAGUCCGACACAAUCAUGUCGCACGGUGGGACGUCAUUCAAGUCGUCAUUUCAAGACAGAGCUACAGAUGUCAUCAAGGCGCACCUCCCGAAGCACGAGGCAGAGGCCAUGCCAGGACUCGGCGAAAAGCAGACGGGGAGCAUUCGGCAUGAACAGUCACGUGGCACAUAG